AUGGCCACCCAUGAAAUCCCUGUCGUGGACUUCAGUGCUUUGAGUCUAGAAAACAAAGAUCCUUUCAGCGAAAUAAGUAAAGACAUUGAAGAGCUUGCUGAUCAAGUUUAUCAAGCGUUUAGUACAAUUGGAUUUGUUUAUCUAAAAAACCAUGGUAUUCCCCAAGAAGUGGUAAGCGAACUCAGCUUCUUACGCGGGGGCGAAAGAGAUGUCACGAAUCAAAAUUUACCACACGAAAAAAAAAAUUACGUCUUUACGCUACUUUAAGAUGUGGACAAAUUGCUCCAAGGGUAUAUGCGUUAUACCACCCAUCAGUGCUAAUGAGUUUGAGGUUGAUUAUUUUUGAAAACGAUUUCCUUCUGCAUUCCUAACUUUAACUAUGAAGUUAUUACGCAACUAAACGAAAAGUAGACCAUGACGACUAUUAGACAACCGAACAAGGAAAACUCGGUUGAAAAGAGAUUGGGCACGAAAGCCUGGAACAUUUCACUUAAAUAUAAGAAGGCUUACCGAUGAAAUCCCUGUCGUGGACUUCAGUGCUUUGAGUCUAGGAAACAAAGAUCCUUCAGUAAAGACAUAUAAGACCUUGCUGAUCAAGUUUGUCAAGCGUUUAGUACAAUAUGGAUUUGUUUAUCUAAAAAACCAUGGUAUUCCCCAAGAAGUGGUAAGCGAACCCAGCUUUUUACGAGUGGGGUGAAGGGGGUGUCAUCACGAAUAAAAAUCUACCAGACAAAAAUUAGUUAACGUCUUUACGCCACUUAAAGAUGUGAACAUACUGCACUAAGGAGAAAUGCCUUAUGUCACCCAUCAGUGCUAAACAAGUAAAAUCAUCGAUGGACCAAUGGCUUUCCAAAGCAAAUCAACCUUUUCAUAGAGAAACACAGUGUCCAUCCUUCCUUUGGGGGGAGGAAUCUUUCCAGCAUGUACUCAUAAGAGGUUAGCUAUUAGUGCCCAGGCACAACAAUACCAUAAGUGAGAGGUGGUGAUAGGUCUGUUGAUACUUUUCUAUCAAUUUUCUGAUUGUUUUACCUUGCAGAUUGACUCUGUUUUCAAGACGUUUGACAGGUUUUUUGAAUUAAACCAAGAUCUAAAGGAAAAGUACACCAAGGAUAAAGGAACAUCUUCAAAUGGUUGGGAUGCUCUUGAGAGAGAAAGGUUUGUGAUCCCUUGCCAGGAGAAACCUGUAAUGUCAACAUGUUCCUCAAGUUUGCCCAUCUUUAGUCUCAGUUUCUAUUUAUUUCCAAGUUCUAAUGCGGACAUGGAUGUACUCGCUCUUUUUCUGUGUUUCUGAAGGGAAGGGAAGCCAAGGUCUCUCUCAGCUUCCCUUUGCUACAAUACCUUUGUCUACCUAUUUAAGUACAGCCAGACUACCAACAAGUGUCUUUAAAAGGAUGAUAUCCUUUGCUCUGAACAUCCAUACUGACCAUGUAUUUUUUGCAAGUUAACAGUCCAGUGCAGAUUAUAAAAUCAUGAUUGAAGUCUCUUUGUCUAAUUUAUGCACAGCACUAAUCCAGAGAGACCUGGAGAUCUCAAAGAAUCAUUUGAUGUGGGUGCAGUCUAUGAUGAAAACUUUGUGAGUGGCACUGUUACUUUCCUUUCAAAACAAGCAUGUAGAAUAAUUUUGUUGUCAUUCUGUUCAUUGGAAAAUAUUGCAAACUUAACUCUCACAUGCAGUGUGAUCACCAAAAGUUAUUUUUCACAAAAACACACUUACGAUUUUAAUGACAGCCAACAAAUUCAGUAUGCACACAAAUGAUCAUUUAUUUCACAUAUGGAGUGGCUUCACUUGGCUUAUUUUAAAUCAACUUUAUCAUGGCAGAACUGGCCUGACAAAGAUGUUCCAAUUUUCCAGAGAACUAUUACUCCUAUGUAUGAGUCCCUUAUGGCUCUUAGUAAAAGAGUGCUGUCUCUAAUGGCUAUAGGCCUAAAAAUGGUAAGUUGCCAUAAGUAUGAUUUCCAUCUUACGUAUUAUUUUGAAGGUAACUUUCAAUGAUAAGUAAGAUUUGAUCUUUUGUAGUCACAUUAUUAUAAUUGCAUGUUAUCUAUUAUAAUCUUAUGAUUUUGUACAGCCACUUCGCAAGCAUAGAAGUCCAAAGAUUGACCAUGGACUGAUGCAAAGCAUAUCCUGUUUUGUUCAUUUGAUAAAAUUAAUUGACUACCAUAUCAUGUGCUAAACAUUUGUUAUCUGUAGUUUUGAAUGCACUCCCUGCUCUGCUACUCUGCCCUGUCUUUGACUCUUUACCCCAUGGUUCAAUUUAAAGUAAUUGUUUUGAUUGAAAACUUAAGGUAACAUUUCCACCACAUGUUUCUGUAACAAGGAGCCCAACAAAUUUGCCUAUGCAUUUGAGAAUAUGGGUACAUCCUCUGGUGGCACUCAGCUCAGAUACAACUACUACCCAAUGAUAGCAGACAUCAGGAAAGUGAAGCCAGGCCAGAUACGCUGUGGGGAACAUACUGAUUAUGGUGGCAUUACAUUGCUGAUUCAGGAUGAUGUGGGUGGACUUGAGGUUAGAAUAAAGUUUUUCUUUUAUCCAAGGGGACACUUGUACUUGGGAGAUGAAAGCAAAAUAAUUCCCAGUGCACAAUUAAGACUUCAUUUGUCAAAAAAGCAAAUCUUUGAACAUGAACUUAAAAGGUGAAAGUUAAAAGUUCAAAAAGAAUCCAGGUGCUUUAUAGUGUUAAGGGAGAAAUAGUUAAAACAGAACAAAUGAAUUAUUUGCAUUGUUCAAUUAAAAUAAUGAUUCUUGCAUUGUCUCUAGUGGUCUCGAGUCACAUUGGCCAAGACAAAUCAUGUCCAAUGAUUUUUUUAAUAGUUUUGAUUAGUAUCAUACUAAAUUGUACUUAUUGCUAAAUGCAGGUUUCAAACAUUAAAUAUGAUGGGCGAUUUGUUCCUGCUACACCCAUGAAAGGAACAGUACUAGUAAAUAUUGGUGAUUUGAUGCAAAGAUGGACAAGUGACACACUUAAAUCUACGGUAUGAAUCUAGCAGACAAUAGAUAAUCAUGACAACUUCUCUGUGUGUUAAAAUGUGUACUAGAACAUUUCUUAGAAGUCAGCAUUUUACAAAUAUUACAUUUGUUAGGGCUUUCUAUUGUAACUGUACCUUGUAUGCCCUGUUUUGUGUGCAUACAUGUGUGUGUGUGUUUUAUUAUUAUCAAUUUUGCACCUUUUUUUUUGUUUUCAUUCUUUUCCUGAUACAUUUUCUUUGGAGUGCGUAGUAUUCACCAGUAAAUUUUUGUCAGGCUCAUGCUCAAAAUUUGUUGCCACAAAUAAAUCAAUUGAUCAGUCAAGCAGUCCAGGUUCAAAACACUUUACUUUCACUGUGCCUUUCUUUGUACAGGAGUAUAAAUGGGUACUGGCAAAUUUUCAGGGUAGCUUGAUAAAAUACUGGGGGGUAACCUAGCAAUAGAUUAGCAUCCCAGCCAGUGUUGGAAGGAGAGGGGUAGUGACACUCCUUGACACUUCAUGGUAUGGAAAGCAAGGUAAGCUUUAACUGGGUGGGCCACUUUGCUUGAGUACAAACGUUUCCUUACCUCAUUUUUACUCCACCCACAGUUAUCUUACAAGGACCUUGAUAAUGCAGCGUGAUCUUUGCACAAUGGUUUGGAUAUAGUGCAUAAUCAGAACGUUUAUCGAAUUGAAUCUUCUUUCAGGUUCACCGAGUACUAAUACCUGAAGUAGAAAUCAAGCGGCGUGUUCCUCGUCGGUCAUUGGUGUUUUUUGUUGAUCCAGAUCCGUCUUCACUAAUAAGUUGUUUAGAUGGCUCAAGCAAAUAUCCACCGAUUACAGCUGGAGAAUGGAUCAAGGGAAAACUCUCUGCCACAUAUAGUUAUUGAAAGUGAGGCAAGUGAACCUAAACUUCACAAACAUGCCAAUGCAAUUGGAAUUUUAACUACUGGAUUACGUUUAUCUUUAUCUCAGUGAAGAAUACAUUUUUAAUGCUAACAUAUUGAUAGGGUUUUUUUCCAUUAAUUUACGAGAAAAAUCUGGGUUUCUUUUUUUUGAUAAUUCUCAUGGUGGUGCUCAAUGAUUGGUUUAGAGAGAACUUAUGUCACCUUGACCAAUGAAUUUAACCAUGGUUGCUCGCGUUCUCUCGCACUUAAGACAAUUUGGUUGUUUUUUUACGUUUCAUUUUUAUUGGCUCCUUCUGAUGUUUUUUUUUUGUUUUGUUUUUCUGGCUGGCCGAUGUAGUUAUCUUGGUUUAACGUUCUAUUAAAAUUCUUUGCUGUGUGUUUGUUCAGUAACAGAUCACAGAUGAUGUCAAAAUGUGGUGAGAACAAAAAAGCGGCACUUGGGGCGCAGCCGAGUGUGUCACUGAUGUUCUUACCACAUUUUGACAUCUUGUGCGGUCUAUUACUGUACCGUACAUACCCACGGGAACAUGCAAUCUAUUUGUUUUGAAUGAUAACAAAGCAACCAUUUGUUGCAGUGUUAUAGAUCGUAGGCGAAAAUUACAGAUCAAAAUGCGUGAAUAAUUAUUCUUAUUACUUAAAGAGAAGUUAGAAAUGACCAAUAUAACUUUACAAUACUUUAUUUAUUUUAUUGGAUAUAUAAGUUAUACACCCAUCAUGACGAAACGAUGACAAUGAUAGUCAAUAAUAAUGACGUCAUUAUGUGGUAUAAAUAAAACUUAGUGGAACUUGAGAAGUAGAUUGCAUCUCUAUGGUUAACUCUGAACACAUUUUGACACCUUUUCCAUGAUCUAGUAUACUCAAUAUCCUUGUUUUUUUUUACAAAGAGAGAGAAAUUCAAAUGGAGAAGGGAAGAAGCGUUGGCUUGUAUAGUGCACACAGUCAGUCAAGCGCUACAUUGUUUAUCAGCCACACACCCAUAGAUAACAAUAUUCCAUUUUCUGUGCACCCGUUCAAUUUGUGAUCAAAGAUAACUUUAAACUGUGGUCGCACACAAAGGUAGACGCAUUCAUGGCCGAAAAGGAAAAAAAAAAGCGACAACUAGGAAUACAUAAACAUCCGCUCUUCCGUGAUCUGUAGCUUAAGAAACAUAACGAGAGUUCUAAGGUCAAAUUGCUCAUGCUAAACUUUAUUCUUACAUGAAACCCAUUCUGCCCGAUGCAAAGAUGACUCGAGAAUCUCUUGAGAAUAAAACUGAGUCGCGCACUUGAGACGUUAGCCUUGGAAGGCCAAUGCAUUUCCGCUCAGAAGAGAAUCGGAAACCGGAAAUCACGUUUGAAUUGUAUAAUUUCCCAUAAGAUACAAUGUACAAAUGGCAAACUAAAAUACAUCUUGGUAAACAAAAUGGGAAUAACUUUAACUGAAGAAUAUGGUACAACAACAAGUACCACAACAACAGCAGCAAUAAAAAAUCUCCUCUACCUAGAGGGCUACAGCGUUUGCCUCGCUUUCUAAGCCAUACUGAACAACUUCUGUGGUACUUCCUGUGAUGCGUUCCUCUUAACACGAUGUGACGAUAUUCUCGUGAAACAACAAGGUAAUCGUAAAGCUGAAUGAAAUUAAUCUCAGGUAAAUUACGGAGAUCGCUCGACCAUCCAAGGGCUGAAAUCCUUACUAUAGUUGCUUAGUAUCUGAAGUCGCUCUGGUUUUGUUCUAGGUCCUAGACAUCUGUAAGAAGUUCUCGGUUUUCUCCACUACUUGAUGGAAGGACGUGUCACAUCAGCAAAGCAUGAACUUUAAGUUGGCUCUAAUUCCGCCCGUCGAUUUUGAAUUGGAUUUUAAAAUCUCCCUGAGAUCUUUUGCUUCGAGUUUCUGGGUGUCAUUUAAUGACGAAAUUUCCAUAUUGUUGUAUUAAAGAACCAUUUUGAAGGGAGAAAUCGCAUUUAAAAGUGCAUUAGAACGUGAAAUGUCAGCAUAUCAGCUGUUUGAAAGAACCGCCGGUGUCACAGCGGAUUUGGACCCCCCGCGGAUUUGGACCCCCGGUCCAAAUCCGCCAGCGGAUAUGGACCCCCCUUCGCAGAUUUGGACACCCCUACAAAACGUUUCUUUUAAGCAUCGUUUGUAUCAUACUUGGUCACUAAUUCUAUUUGGAAGCUUUUUGCCGAUAUUCUUUUCCAUCACAGAACAACAUUCCUCAGUAAAGGUAAAGAAAAACAGCCAUUUCGUUCCAAUUCUGCCGCAUGUAUUAUAGCGAGUCGUCCAGUAUAGGCAAUAAUAAAAUGCAAACAAACUACUGCAUUCGAACUCUUGAAAUUGUUCCAGUAAAUCUUUGCUUCUUCUGAUGCGAAUCAACAUUAAUACGAAACGUCAUAAUAGUGCAAACUGUUGCAUCCCGUCACAAAAAUAACUCAGUCUGAUUUUCUAAUUAAAUAACAUUAAACAGUUUCUGAACAAGAACGAAGUAACAACUCCUACUAAAAGUCGUUCGUAAAGCCUAUGGUAAGUAAAAAUGUUUCUAUUCUGAGCAAUUGGAACUCUCAGCUUAUUUUCAAAGGCAAAUCAACAUUAAUGUCUACGUCCUAACUAAAGUGGUGACUAUUACAUCGAACUCAAUCUUAUAUUCUAAUUUCAACGAAUAUUAACCGUUGAGAAAUAACACCUUAACAAUUACGAAGACGUUUAGAGUCUAGCGGUUUGCAGACAAAGCAGAGCCGCUUGCCCUCCAGGGCAGUCUUAUAUUCCUCGCAGCUCACGUGCAACCAUUCCUCGCACAACUCACACUGUACCAUGUCGUCCAAACACUCAGGCAUUGAACAAUAACAAAAUAAAUUAAAGUCAAAAGUUUGUCUAUUAUUGAAUUAGAAAGGGUCAUUUCCAGCUGCCAAUUGCAUGUUUUGAAUCAAAAACAUACUUUAAUACGCACUGGAACGUAAAGUAUUUCUACUAGAACGUCAGGGAUGAUGUUUCACUCAGUUUUGCUGGGGGUCCAAAUCCGCGGAGGGGAGUCCAAAUCCGCUAGCGGAUUUGGACCGGGGGGGUCCAUAUCCGCUAUCGGAUUUGGACAGGGGGGCCAAAUCCGCGGGGGGCCCAAAUCCGCUGUGACACCGGGUCAACCCCAGCCUCGUUAUCGUGUGUGCGCGGUUACUAAUCCAAUAUGGCGCCGGGAACUGUAAAAAGGUCCAUUGUUCCAUUUCGGCAUCCUUUGUAAUUUAUUUCCAAAGAGACAGUUAUUGUGGGGAAUAUUUUUUAACAGCUCCUGCUGAAGUUUUAUUUUGAGGCGUAAUGUGCUCGAUAAAAUAUGACUGAUAAAAUGUGGUUAGAAUGAAACUGAGUAGCUUUUGAGAAAUUAGUUUGCUGGCAGAGAGGAUUCUGGCUUGAAGAGAAACGACAAACGGAAAUCACGUAGGUGUCGGCGGAACAAUGAGACUUAUGUGAGUGUGUCUGAGUGAUAUUCUCAACUAAUUUUGACGUCUUUUGUGAUCAGCAGCUGAAGACGCAGCUGUUACGUUUGGAAUCAAAAGUUAAACUAUUCUUACAAAACAUACUUUUGGGUUACCUUACUCUUCCCUAAAGAAUCAGGCAAACAUCAUUUUUAAAACGGCACCCCAUGAACGGAUGUUGUUGAAAAGAGGAAGACGAUCAUUAAAUGACGCACGCCUUUUGUGUAUGCCGACGAUGAUCUCAAGAUCAGUCACACAUCAAUAAUCAAGCCACUGUUUAAAUAUAGCACCACAAACAUACUGUUUGUGAUCACAGAUAACUUUAAACUGUGGUCGCACACAAAGGUAAACGCGUUCAUGGCCGAAAAAGAAGGAAAAAAAGCGACAACUAGGAAUACAUAAACAUCCGCUCUUCCGUGAUCUGUAGCUUAAGAAACAUAACGAGAAUUCAAGGGUCAAAUUGUUCAGGCUGAACUCUCUUCUGCCGAUGCAAAGAUGACUCGAGAAUCUCUUAAGAAUAAAACUGAGUCGCGCUCUUGAGACGUUAGCCAUGGAAAGCCAAUGCAUUUCCGCUCAGAUGAGAAUCGGAAACCGGAAAUCACGUAUGUCUUCGCAGGCCAUUGAAACUCAAGCGAGUGUGUCAAGCUGACACUCUUGAUCCAUUUUGAGAUCUUUUGUAAUCUAUUUCCAAAGAGACAUUUAUUGUGGGGAAAAUUUUUUAAUAGCUCCUGCUGAAGUUUUAUUUUGAGGCGUAAUGUGCUCGAUAAAAUAUGACUGAUAAAUAUAGUUAGAAUGAAACUGAGUAGCUUUUGAGAAAUCAGUUUGCUGGCAAAGAGGAUUCUGGCUUGAAGAGAAACGGCAAACGGAAAUCACGUAGGUGUCGGCGGGCCAAUGAGAAUUGAGUGACUGUGUGUCUGAGUGAUGUUCUCAACUCAUUUUGACGUCUUUUGUGAUCAGCAGCUGAAGACAGAGCUGUUUGGAAUAAAAAAUCAAACUCUUCCCACGGAACAUACUUUUGGGUUACCUUACUCUUCUCAAAAGAAUCAGGCAAACAUCAUUUUUAAAACGGCACGCCAUGAACGGAUGUUGUUGAAAAGAGGAAGACGAUCAUUAAAUGACGCACGCCUUUUGUCUAUGCAGACGAUGAUCUUAAGAUCAGUCAGACGUCAAUAAUCAACUCACUGUUUAAAUGUAGCAUCUUAAAGGAUGUGAUCAGUUCGGUUGCAGCUCUGAGAACAGGCCAUGAACCAAAGAGGCUUUGUGAUUGAAGUUUGACUGACAGAAGAUUUUUUCAAAACUGUCGGAUUAGGUGUGUAUUCUAUACACGCAUUAGCACAAGACUUACCUUUAUUUCCGAAAGUUGCAUAAAGGAGGUAAGUUUUAUAGUUUUUUUUAGUUUUGAUAAACGAAAAUUGUAGGUGAUGCAUGGAUCUUGCUCGCUGAUUCAGGAUUCCCACUGAUACCACUGCGAAUGGAUAUUCUAGUUGUAAAUCUACGUUUGAACACCCUGUUAAAAACUUCUUUUAAUGGUAUCGACCAAGCUAUUUGUGCAACUUUCGAAAUUACUAAUUCAGUGUGGUGUUGAUACCAUUUGAACGCUGUAAGAUUCCUCGUGUUACUAAAAGUACGAGUAUUCGGUAUUUGGCCUGUUGUGUUUACCUAUUUGUUAGUUUUCAUAAGCAUUUCUCAACGACAUUUGGCUAAUCUUUCGAAGCAAAUUUUGUGGAAAUCUAGAUACCCUUAUGCCUUUCCCUAGCAACGAUUGUUUUCCUGUCGUUUUUUUGAGCAACCUCGUUCUUAGGGUCCUCUCUCUUCCCCCCUUGACUGGUCAUACCCGAAAGCAACCCGAACUACCCGAAAGAGUUACCCGAACGACUAACCCUUAGUCAUUGAACAGCUCGUCCCAGGGCUACUCUAAAACGUUUGAUCAAAAUGGCGGCUGCGACUUGUGCAAUCCCGAUUGUUGACUUCAGUGCCAUGAGCCUUCAAAACGCGAAUCUUCCAGACAAUAACAGCCAAGCUAUUAAAACUCUUGCUGAUCAACUAUAUCGAGCUUUUAGUACGAUUGGAUUUGUGUAUCUUAAAAAUCAUGGAAUUCCACAAGAAGAGGUAAGUUUGUUGCUUAAUAAUCGCAAGUGAUAUUCUUUCUUUUAAAACAAACCAAAAAAAAAAAAAUAAUAAUGUUGAGUGCAGGUUUCGACGUGCUGCCCCUUAACUAUGCGUAAAUGUAUGAUGUAACAGAACUCGUAUAUGAAAGAUGAAAUUUAAAUUCAAAGUUUGUCCACUUAGCAAAAUUUCCACACAGCCCCAUACUUCGUUAUUCAUACAACUCUAGGAUAAAGAAAAGAAUGGUGAAUACAAUGGAUUGGCUUCGGAACUACGGCUUGCUUUAAAAUAAUAUGGGGGUUAACUAUACGGAAAUCUUUCCGUUCACUCUUUAUCGCUCCUAAAACGUGCAGAAGAGACUUUUAAUCAGCUGUAAACUUAUGUGGUCGUGCUUACAAGCCAAAGUCUCAUUAGCAUUAAAUUUCAGUGUCAGUUUUAUUUUUCAGUUGUUUUGUUUGAAGUUGUUCAAUAGUUAUUUGUUUUGUAAGGUCAAGGGAGGUAAUUAAUUUUCUGAUCAAGUCAAUGUCAGGGUUCAAUGAAAAUCUAUCACACAUCAACGUUCUACAAAUUGCCUGAGUAUAAUCCAUGUGUAUACUCCUAUUAACACUAUCUCCCAAACAUUGCAUGAAAUUAUAAACCAACUUUCCCAGGUUAUCCAGGAGUCUCCUGGAUAACCUGGUAACCUAACAUGGUAUCCUGGAUAACCUGAUAACCUAACACUGUUGCACAAAUUGAUUGUACAACAGUGUCUCUUGGUCUCCCAAACAAUUUGCUAAAUCUUCCUGGAAAUGUAAAAUCAUGACUGAAACAGUGUAUUUAUUCUAUAAAAGAGGUUGAAUCAAGCACAUUAUCUCCAUAAAAGUAUAAUUGUUGUUGUUUGUUGUAGUCAUAUUCAAGUUGAGUCUUUUAUGAUUUCUGAAGAAAUGCAUUUAGUGAAUUUCAGCUUUUAGGGGAGGAAGAGGUCUCGUUGUCCAAAAUCAAUUAUUUCUAGAUUUUAAAUCUCAGAGGCUGAUGUACCUUUAAUUAUGCAGUUGUCUGCUCUAGGAUUAGAAUUGCAGUACCUUACAUAACGAAAACACUUUUCUUUUCUCCUUUGCCAUUCUACAGUUGGAUGCUGUGUUUGAAACAUAUGACAAGUUUUUUAAUCUAAGUCUUGAAGUGAAAGCUAAGUAUAGGAAGAAAAAAAUCACUUCCCAAAAUGUAUCAUCUCAAAAUGGUUGGGAUGCUGUAGAAGCUGAAAGGUAUGUGAUACCAUUGAAAUGUAUUUAAUUGUAUAUUUAACUCUUUACGAUGCUUGGUUUUAUAUAGUAUAUACUGUAUUUAUACUGUAUUAUUGUUUUAUAGAACAAACUUAGACAGACCUGGAGAUUUGAAGGAAUCUUUUGAUCUUGAGUCAUUUGAUGAUGGAACUUUUGUAAGUCUUUCUUUUUUGUAACAAAUUUUAAGGGUGAAGAAUAUGGUUCAGUAUGUUACAGUCCUUGUGAUCAUUAUAGCUUUGUGUUUCCUGCUGCAGAAUCACAUUCAGGGGUUUGACUUGCACUGAUAUGUAUGUUGGAUGGUAUGAAGCAAGUAUGAGUGCUACUCAGCCCUUGACAGUUAUUAUGUCUACACUGUUAGGGCGUAUCUCAUCUUCUAUGAUAUUAAGGGAUAGGGGAGGGGGAUUGAUGGAGGGUCAAGACCUGGGUGGGUCACAUAUGUUGUGUUUUGGACCAGAAAAUAUCUUCAUCCUCCUGGAAAUAUAAAUUGGUUCCAGGGAACUUUCAGGGAAAUAUGAUGAAAUACUAGGGGGUUAAACAUGUGAUGGCCUAGAAUGGUGUCCAGGUGGAGUAGUAGUAAGGCACAUCAUGCUAUGGAAAUGAGGAUAAGCUCUGGACAGAAUCAUCCACCCACCUGGAUCAGAUGCCAGUACAUCCCAAGGUAACCUUCAGCAUUUUGUCAAGAUUAAGAAGUGUGAGCUAAGAAGGCAUCAAGCAAAGAUAUUUGCAAAAGUCAGAGAAAACAUGACAAGCUCUCACUUGGCUUGGAGGAAUUAACAAAUUAUGCUCUGCAGGCUGUUUCAAUUCUUGCAUUAUGUUAUCAAGUAAAUUAUUUCAUUUGGCACUUGGUAUUGAAUGUAAAUUCUCUUUGUCCUUAUAGAACUGGCCCAGUGCAGAAGUACCACAAUUUAAGAGCACUGUGCACUCUUUUUACAAGUCUAUGAGUGAUCUUGCAUUAAGGAUUCUCACUGCAAUGGCCAUUGGUCUUCAACUGGUAUGUUAUUUUAGUACAAAUUUGUACAGGAAUUACAAAGUUUGGCCCAGUUUUCAUCAUGUGGCUUACUGGUCAAGUUGACGGAGUUACCAAAGAUGUAGCCCUGUCAUCUUUCAUGAGUUAAAAAUUAAGCUUCUUUUGCCAUUCUUUCUUCCAGGAAUCCAAUACAUUUACCAAAUUCUUUAAUAAGAUGGGAACCAUUGAGGGUGCAGUUCAAAUGAGGUAUAAUGCUUAUCCAAAGAUAUCAGAUCUAAGUAAAGUCAAACCUGGCCAGAUCAGAUGUGGAGAGCAUACAGACUAUGGUGCUAUUUCAGUACUGUUUCAAGAUGACAUAGGUGGCUUAGAGGUACAAGAAUGCUUGAUUUUACAGCAUCAAAUGUGAUUAUAGAGUUUUUCAUUAUACGUUUUCAUGUACAUUACACCAUGAUUUACUAAAACCAAACUCAUUACCAUUGCCAAAGUAUUAGUCACACUUCUACCCAAAUUUCCCAUAAUAAUAUGUGAUAACUAAGGUAUAUUUUCAGGGCUUCUCUUUUGCCCCACUCAAUCAUCAGCCUGACGACUGGCAAAGUCACACAAUCAAAUAUCUAAACAGUCUUGUAGCCAUUUCCUUUCUUUGCAGAUGUUGUAUUCAUUUUCACUGCAUGAUGAUGGAUUGCAAUUUUUUAAAAUUCACAUCCAUAUUUGUACUUGUUAUGUUUAUUUGUUCAUCUAUACCCCUGGGGGGUGGCAGAGGAGGAAUGACUUUGUUUGAGAGUGGGAAGCUCAUUAGAGAGGGGCUCACUUGGGGAGGAGUAUAAGAACCUUGGAAACUUUUGGGCAAAUGAUGAUACUCAUGUGUUUUAUUUUAAACUCACACUUAUUAAUUUUCUUCUCUUUUAACAUAUUUUUACUUUAAUGGAAAGGUUAUACUUGAUCUUUAUAGAAACCUUUCACUUUUUCCUAAUAAAGGGGAAAAAAGCAAACAAACCGAAAACAAAAAUCAUCUACUUGAGUCAAAAUUGAGUUAAUAAUGUCCUCACUCUGAGACCAUGGAAUGUACUGCAACAUUCACACGGGACUGCAAAAAAUAUUUUCCUAGUUGAGAGUCAAUGCAUUUUGAAGCCAAGCCGUUCAAAACUUUGACAGCUUAAAUCAGGGCCAAUAACGUAGCCAUUAUGGUCAAAAAUGUGAGAGGUUGUUUAUGAUUUGUGUUUAAAUUGGCUGGGCUUUACCGGUGGAAAUAAAUGUUCUUCUGAAUAAUGUCGCAAUAGGUACAAAAUGUCGAUGGCCAGUUUAUACCAGCCACACCCAUGAAAGGCACAGUAGUGGUGAAUAUUGCAGACCUGAUGCAGAGAUGGACAGCUGAUAAACUUAAGUCCACGGUAUUAAAUGUUCCUUUAUUGGCUAGUUUGGGAACGAAUCUUUUUAGAUAUUUUCUAAUUAGGGGUCGACGAGAACAAAAUGUGCUCGUGCAGUGAGAAAUAUUUUCGGCUAUAACAGCAUGUAGUAUGUUGAUGUGAAGUACGCAGUUUUUUGCUACAUAUAAUGUUAAUUUUGGAGCACAAGGUCACAUUUUUAUAGCAUCUCUCCACACUUGUCCAGGUUGUAUACAGUAGCUUGCUUGUGUGGCAACCACUUGAGAUGACGAAAAAGUAAAUAGAGGUUUUUCCUUUUUCCUGCACAGCACUAAUAGCGAACAUUUAUUUUCCUACUAUGAACUUAAUUUUUUUUGUGGUGUUCAUCCAAAUUAAUCUACACAGAUUGUUAUCUUUUUUUUAGAUGAUAGGUUCUCUCAUUUUCAUUGAAUGUUCGUUACUUUCAGCUUAGAUUCAAUCAAUUUCAGCUUAAAUUUUCAGCUACAUUAAAAUAUGAAAACUUCUUGUUUUUGUCAACCAAUUUCUCUCUUCCAGGUCCAUCGUGUGUUGAUUCCAGAAGCUGAACAAAAACACUCUGUUCCUCGCCGUUCAUUAGUAUUAUUUGUCGACCCAGACCAUGAUGCACUUAUUGAAUGCGUGGAUGGCUCAAAUAAAUAUCCACCAAUCACAUCAGGAGAAUGGAAGAAGCGAAGACUUCUGGAAACCUACACUGAUUUCAAAAAAUGAUCAACUCGACUGCAUCGGACUCAGGAUCUUUGCAUUGAUAUUUAAUAGAAUGCAUGAAUUUUCUUCUCCAUUUUCCUCUCCCGUCAAUUUCGUCCCAUCGUCACGUGUUAAAGGUACUUAAGCUUCGGUUCAUCCUCUCUCCUCCACUUGCACAUUUUAGUCAUAUCUUUCGUACUUACACUGUGUUCAUUGGGUGAAAAAUGGCGAGCGUGUCGGUUAAGCGAGCUGACGUUUCGAGAGGUAGUCCUUCGUCAUCGCUCUGACGAUGGGCUAAAGCUCGAAACGUCAGCUUUAAAAACUCGUUACGGUGACCAAUUUACAUUAUUAACUCAGUUGAUAAAACCAGAUUAUCUUGUUAUACCCCUCUACUGACGUUACACCACUGUUUCUUUAGAUAGUCACGCCCUUUAUUUGCUUGAGUAAUAGUUUUAGUCACUUAAAGUAAUUUAAGGUAACUUGCAGAUUGCUUCAGUUUCAAAACGAGCUCUGAUGGAAAUAAUUCAAAUACUAUCGAUUGAAUUUUUAUAAGAUAAGUUUGUGCUUGAGAUCAUUUUCGUUUUUUCCCUGAGUUAGUCUAUUUCCUUGAAUGAAUGGAAAUCCUAGGCACUGCUUAAAAUAAUGAAUAAACCAGGGAUAGUGGUGAAGGGAGGGGCUUGUAAUCAUUCCGUUCGGCGAACUGUAACUCUCCUUGGGUUGAAUCUUGACGGUUUUCCUUGUCUCUUCGCCCUUGAAGAAACUCGGAGGGAGAGGAGUGGCGCUUAUUUGAGAGAGGAUAAUUUGGUACAGAUUAUUCCGUGGAGAACGCGCACGAACGGAUUGUUAUGCGCGAGUUGCGAUGCAUUGACAAAAAAAGAACGAGUGAGUAUUUUGAUGCAUCGCGACGACUGUAAAAAAUCGUUCAAGCACUUUCCAUGCUAUGAUGUUUUUAAUCUAUACAAACUGAGAUUUUUUCACAUUUCAAUUCAGUGAUUGGAAGGGAACGACUGUGAAAAUACAUCGUUCGUCCAAUCAGAGUCACGAACGACUAGUGUAAAUCCCAAUAUAUAUGAAAUAAAGAUUCUUUCGACACUUUUUACAGCACGCAUGCUUGUAAGAGGAAAUACUUUGUUUUCCAUUUGAAUUGAAUCUGCUUAGCACAUUUGAGUGUGUAUGUGGAUAUGGUUAAUAGUUAAGUAAUAGAACGUAAAAGACUGUUGUAAACAAUAAAGUGAAGUGGUGGCGUAAAGUACUAAAUAAGGCUGUUGAUAAAUAUUCCUUGCACUGUAAUUUGUUUAAUUAAAUGGUAUGGAGUACAUUAUAUGUAUCCUU